AUGGACAAACAGACUUUGGUCAAACCAUUUACAGCAUCCGGGAGGGAACAGUUGAAGCAAGGAUCAGCGGCUACACAUGUGGAAGAAGUUCAAAGAGAUCAUGAGAGAGGCAAGCAUCGUGUGCUGAAAGAAAAGGAUGCGUGGAAGAAAUUGGGAUACUCAUUCUCAACAUGGCGAAAGUGGCAGAUCUUGUUCAUCAUGUUCCUCAUUCAGAUCUCCAUCAAUCUGAAUGCCAGUCUGUACGCGAACGGAGUGGGAAUGAUCUCAGACAAGUUUGGCAUCUCGAAACAAGCCGCUCGAGUCCCUCAAUUGACCUUUCUUGUCGCUUAUGCCUUUGGUUGCGAGCUCUGGGCCCCGUGGUCUGAAGAACUUGGAAGAUGGCCUACCCAACAGCUUUCCCUACUCCUCGUGAACAUCUGGCAGAUCCCCUGUGCGCUAGCGCCAAACUAUGCCACUCUCGUUGUCUGCCGAUUCCUCGGUGGUCUGUCCACAGCUGGAGGAUCAGUGACACUCGGAGUCGUCGCUGACAUGUGGCUCCCGGAUGAUCAAGAAUAUGCCGUCGCCUUCCUUGUCAUGUCCUCUGUCGGAGGAAGUGUCGUCGGAGCCGUCGUCGGAGCGUUCCUCGAGGCUUGGGCCCCGCUCGUCUGGCUAUUCUGGACUCAAAUGAUCGUCGGGUUCUUCGUGCAAGCUCUUCACUUCUUCUUUGUCCCUGAGACACGAUCGACCAUCUUACUAGACCGAGAGGCAAAAAAGCGUCGUGCGGAUGGUGAAGAGAACAUCUUCGGACCUAAUGAGUGUAAAGAAGACAAGAUGACCGUCAAGGAUGUUCUUGUCAUUUGGGCUAGACCUUUCCACAUGCUCUUCACCGAGCCUAUCGUCGCGUGGUUAUCCCUCUUGAGUGGAUUCUCCGACUCGCUCAUCUUUACCUUCUUGCAAGGUUUCACCCCGGUCUACCAGAAGUGGGGCUUCUCAACCUAUCAACUGGGUCUAGCAUUCAUCCCUCUCCUGGUUGGAUACUUCCUCUCCUAUCUCUCGUUCCUACCUUCUAUCCACUACUUCCGACAGAAACGUAGACGAUAUGGCUCAAAAGCAGUAUCACCGGAAAAGCGAUUAUGGUGGUUGCUUUUCGUCAUCUUCUUGGAGCCCAUAGGACUGUUCAUAUUCGCCUGGACGGGUAUUGGUCCGAGCUAUGGUAUACCUUGGAUCGCCCCAAUGAUCGGUUCAGCUCUGGUGGGCAUAGCCAAUUAUGCGAUCUAUCAGUCAAGUAUCGACUAUACCGUGGCGGCUUACGGAGCCUAUGCUGCUUCUGCGACUGGAGGCAACGAUUUCUGUCGAGACUUCCUCUCGGGUAUCGCAGCCCUGUAUUCGGAGCCGAUGUAUACCAAUAUCGGCAACAAAUUCCCUCAAGCUUGGGCAGGCACCAUCCUAGCCGUGUUCUCUCUCUUCGUGACCACUCCGAUCUUUUACUUCUACAAGAAUGGUGAAAAGAUCCGAAUGAACAGUAAAUUCGCCUCUCGCAUUGCGAAAGAGCGAGAAGAGGAGGACGAAGAUGAUUCCGAACACCAAUCAGACGAACGUCAAGGGAGAGAUUCAGAUGCCACAAUGAUCGAAGCUGGAGAUGGACAUCGGCACAUUCAUAUGGAGGGUGCGGAUGGAGCUGCUGCAGCUGCCCAGGCACACGAUCAUCAUGAUCAUCCCGAAGAACGAUCUGCGUAUCUGUGA